ACGGACUCACACACCCAGCGGAUGUACCCUACCCUGGUCGUCCACAGCUAAGCCAACUUUUUUCUUCCUCUGUGAACGUUUGGAACACGGCGGUGCAUUGUCAGCUCCCAGAGAAAGAGUUUCACCAACAAACUCGACGUGUGAAUUGACAACGCGGGAAGGCCCGGUUGCUACUUUCCCGUCCGCGUGAAAGCUAAAACAAUUGCAGUACUACGAAGCGGUUAUAAAAAGCGACGUUGCAGCCGAGGCCCGGUGCGGUAAUGGAGGCUCCGCGCAUUGUCGCUCUCAGGAAGUCUGCCCUUUGACUGGAAUGUCACCGGACGCCAACGUUUUUCCAACACAAACACCUUGCCAGCCAUCAUGUCUUUGUUUAUGAGUUCCAAGCUUCCCUAACGUCCCUUCACCCCACCCCACUAUUCCAUUACCAACACCCCACCCUCCCAUGAUCUCUGGUCGUGAUGAGCACCCUGCACCACCAGCAUCAUGGUAGCACCGGCUCGGAGCGCGACCUCAACUCGGCCGCUUCCUCCGUCAGCCUGCCCUCCAUCAGGAAGACCCCCAAGAAGCGCCGCCUCUCACUACAGGCGCUCUUCGGCCGGCGGCGGCGGUCUGAACGCGACGGCAAGUGCAAGUCCAGGGUGGCGCUGGAUCCGCCCGCCCCCGUCAGCGUGGACAGCGUCCCGGCGGAGGCUUCCGUCGAGGGGACGUCGGCGCAAUCCGUCCAGGGGGCGGCGUCGACAUCCUCGUCGGCGGGGUCCUCGGAGCUGCUGGAGUGCCCGCUGUGCCUGCUGCGCCACACGCGCGACCGCUUCCCCGACAUCAUGACGUGCCACCACCGCUCGUGCGCCGACUGCCUGCGCCAGUACCUGCGCAUCGAGAUCACUGAGUCGCGCGUCAACAUCUGCUGCCCCGAGUGCUCGGAGCGUUUCAACCCGCACGACAUCGCCAUGAUCCUGGCCGACCGCGCCCUCAUGGAGAAGUACGAGGAGUUUAUGCUGCGCAGGUGGCUGGUGGCCGAGCCCGACUGCCGCUGGUGCCCAGCUCCUGACUGCGGUUAUGCCGUCAUCGCAUUCGGAUGCGCCAGCUGCCCGAAGAUCACAUGCGGCCGCGAGGGCUGCGGCACGGAGUUCUGCUACCACUGCAAGCAGCUGUGGCAUCCCAACCAGACGUGCGAUACAGCGCGCCAGCAGCGGGCGCAACACUUCCGCCUGCGCAGUUUUCGGUCCUCGUCGCUCAGUUACAGCCAGGAGAGCGGUGCGGCGGGUGACGACAUCAAGCCGUGCCCGCGCUGCGCCGCCUGCAUCAUCAAGAUGAACGACGGCAGCUGCAAUCACAUGACCUGCGCCGUCUGCGGCUGUGAGUUCUGCUGGCUCUGCAUGAAGGAGAUCUCUGACCUGCACUAUCUCAGUCCAUCCGGUUGUACUUUUUGGGGCAAGAAGCCGUGGAGCAGAAAGAAGAAGAUCCUCUGGCAGCUGGGCACCUUAGUGGGUGCGCCCGUGGGCAUCGCCCUCAUCGCGGGCAUCGCCUUCCCCGCGAUGAUCAUCGGCAUCCCGGUUUACGUGGGCAGGAAGAUCCAUAAUCGCUACGAGGGCAAAGACGUCUCCAAGCACAAGAGGAACUUGGUGAUUGCGGGUGGCGUGACGCUGUCUGUCAUCGUCUCGCCCGCAGUAGCAGCCGUCACUGUCGGUAUUGGCGUGCCUAUCAUGCUGGCUUAUGUCUACGGCGUGGUGCCUAUCUCGCUCUGCCGGAGCGGCGGCUGCGGAGUGUCGGCGGGAAACGGCAAAGGGGUGCGCAUCGAGUUCGACGACGAGAACGACAACUUGGGCGGCGCCGCCGUGGCUACAGACACGACGUCGGUGGCCGAGACGAGGCUGAACAGCGCCAGCCUGGGCGACGGCGCCAGCGUGGGCGGCCUGACGGGCCUGAGCCUCAGCGUGAGCGGCAGCCACAUGGAGCGCUGCGGCGUCGGCUCGGCCCAGCGCGACAACAUGAGCGACAACGCCAGCACCACCGCCCUUGCCGGCACCAGCAUCACCGGCAGCCUGUCGGGGAGCUGCUACAACAGGAUGGAGGUGCAGGCUGACGUCCAGAAGGAGCGCUGCAGUCUGAGCGGGGAGUCUGCCACCGUCAGCCUCGGCACCAUGAGCGACAACGCCAGCACCAAAGCGAUGGCGGGUUCCAUCCUCAGUGCUUACAUGCCUCUGGAAAGAGACAACAGUCUGGAAGUGCAAGCAGACGUGGAAUCCAAAGAGGAGAAGGUGCGACACUGCAGCACCAGCAGCAGCCUGGAUGAAGCCAGAUGCAGUAGCAGCAGAUGGGCAACCGGCGGCGGCCCCCCCAAGGAUGCACCCGCCGCCGCCUCCUCAGUGGGGGGCAAGAAGAGCAAAGGGAAGCUGUGGAAACGCGGAGGAGGAAAAGCAGAGUCCAAAGUCAACCACACGCACGGCGCCGCAGAGCGCCGCAGCACGAUCUCGUCCGAGUUGGACUCUCCGUCGCUGAGCGGCAGCCUGCCGUCGGUGGCCGACUCGCACUGCAGCCGCCUGUCUGCCGAGCUCAGCGAGUCGGAGACGCCUAGGGCGGGCGGGCAGGGUGACGCGCCGGCCGUCGCGCCGCUGCCCGAGGUGGAGAACGACCGCCUGGAGCAGCUCCCGCCUAAGCGGAGCCACGCCGCCGCCUUCCACUGCCUCACGUCUUCACCCAGCGAGGUUCUGUAUAUCACCGACACUCGUGACUGCACCACAACAGACAUCUAAAAAAGGGGAAAAAAACAAACUCGCUCCUCACGAACCGUCUGUCUUAAGUCUCGAUUUUGGAAAACAGGAAAUGGAAUGUCAGCGUUGAGGGCGAACGGUGAGAGGAGUCAAAGUGGUUUAUCCGAAGGUCAACUUGAAUGUAUGUGUGCAGGUAAUGUGCACGCUCUUUAAAAGGAAGGGUGGAGAUGGAAAAAAAGAAGACAAAAUGUCUGCCACUGUGCCACCCAUUCUUAUUGAGAGGGACCAUUUAGUAGCACAGUUCUAAGUCUAUACUUUUUUAACAUUUAUUAUAUGUGCAUAAGUGCUUUGUUGCUUAUUUUCCAUUUUGGGAACGUUUUUUUUUUUUUUUUUUUUUUUUUAUAUAAAUGUCGCAGCCUUGUCGGGUCUGAACCUUUCUUGAGUUUGAAUGUUAUUUGAAAGACAAAAUGAUAUUCCCAUUUAGACAAAGUCCACAAGGAAGCUAUGCAAAAACAAAAAAAAUGUCAUUGGAAGGACAUUCAGUUGCUUCUUAUUUCGCCAAAGUUCAGAUUUUUAGUCAAGGAGUGUAGCAGUUGUACAACAAUUUUUGUCAUUUUUAAGUUGAAUUCUCCCUUGAAUAAUUUACAUUUUAUACAUUAUUUCCCUGUUUUAGCCCUUUUUCUCACAAACCAUGAAUGCAAAUAAGUGUUUGGCCCUUAGUGCCUUUUUGGGGAAAGCUUUGCAAGUUUUUUUGUCAUCAAAACGCAAGUCUCUCUGAAUUCUAACACAGGAGUGAUAUUUUCAUGAAAAUUUGGUUUAUUUACAGUAUAUCAUUUUUUUUUCCAUUUGGGGGAAAGCAUAUAUUUAUUAUCAUUGGCUUUGUAAUGUGCAUCCAAAUGCAUAUCUUUAAACAAUAAAAAUUCUCAAAUCAAGUCUCACGUUUUUUUAAUAUGUACACUUGUGCUAUUUACAUAAAAUACAUGCAGCACAUUGGCUUAACGAAAACAAAAUUUACAGCUCGUUGCUAGCUAAUAAAAUGAUGUUUUCAUUAUAUCCACCCAUCCAUUUUCUAUACUGCUUAUCCUCACUAGGGUCGUGGGUGUGCUUGGAGCCUAUCCCAGCUAAGUGAAGGCGAGAGGCGGGCCAAUCGCAGCGCACAUACAAGCAAACAAUCAUUCACACCUACGGGCAAUUUAAACUUCAAUUAACCUAGCAGGCAUGUUUUGGGAUGUGGCAGGAAACCGGAGUGCCCGGAGAAAACCCACACAGGCACGGGGAGAACACUGCAAACUCCGGAUUUCAACCCAGAUGUUCGAACCAGUCAUCCGCCAUUAGGUUACAACACAAGUAGAAUAAAACUGCAUAGCAAACAUGCACUUUACAGUGGAACCUCCAAAGUGAAACACCCAAUAUGAUCCCUGUUGGGAAGGCAUGAGGAAAUCAUGUAAAGUGUAUUCUGGGG